GGCCCGCUGGGCUCGAAUUCCAGCCAAUGACGAGCAGCGCAGGAGCAGUACGUUCGUUUGAGCUGCGGUUUGUGAAGGGACCGAAAACAUUGGAGUUUUAUGGCAUUUAAGUGAACUUCUGACCGUGUUUCUCACUCACAAACGAAGCGAGUGAUCGAAACGCGGAGGAAUAGCAACUAAAGUGUGUUUUCAGAGGACAAAGGAAGAAGUCAUGCCUUUUUCGAGGGGAAAGAAGACCACAGUCACCGCUGGGAACAAGUUAUCCAAAGAGAAUAUAACAGAAAACCAGGAGGAUGGUCCACAUGUUAAAAGGUCAUCCUCUCCUCCUCAUGGAGCUCCGAAAAAGAGGACGGCAAUGGUCGACAUCACCAAUGCUCAUAAGCUUCAGGUCAGCCUUCCAGGGAAGAAGAAAGAACAGGUGAAGAAGCCAGUGAAGAAAAAUAUCACCUCCACUGUGUCGGCCAAGAAUCAAGCCAACUUGAAAAAGUCUUCCUCGGUGAGCUCCUCGGAAGGAAGCGCAACUGAGAAGGAACGAGUGGAGGAGAAAGGGGCCACACGGAAGGAUGUAGCGGCUCCAGUCAAAGAGCUGGUGCCUACGACUCCCCCUGCUAUCCAGGAGCAGCCGGCGUGCCUUCAGAAACCAGCAAUCCCAAAGGAGUUUGACAUAGAUGCCGAGAACGCACAAGACUGCUUCAUGAGUCCAGAGUACGCCAAGGACAUUUUUGACUAUCUCAAACAGAGAGAGGAGAAGUUUGUCCUCAGUAACUACAUGUCCAAGCAGCCCAGCCUCAACACAGAGAUGAGGGCCAUCCUGGUCGACUGGCUGGUGGAAGUACAGGAGAACUUUGAGCUGUUCCAUGAGACACUGUACCUGGCUGUGAAGCUGACCGAUCACUACCUGGCCCAGACACCCGUCCACAGGGAGCUGCUGCAGCUUGUUGGCUCAACCACCAUGCUCAUUGCCUCCAAGUUUGAGGAACGCAGCCCACCUUGUGUUGAUGACUUCCUCUACAUAUGCGAUGAUGCUUACAAGAGGGAGGAGCUUAUUGCCAUGGAGGCCAGCGUCCUACAGUCCCUGUCUUUUGACAUUAACAUCCCCAUCCCGUAUCGCUUCCUGAGACGCUAUGCUAAGUGUGUGAGUGCGGGCAUGGACACACUGACGUUGGCGCGGUACUACUGCGAGCUGAGUCUCCUGGAGAUGGAUCUGGUGCCUGUGAGAGGCUCGCUACUGGCCUCCGCCUGCCUGCUGAUGGCACUGGUCACCAAAAACCUGGGAAGAUGGUCGCCCAUCCUGCAGUUCCACUCGGGUUACCAGUCAUCCGAUUUGGCUCCGGUGGUCAGAAAGGUCCACUCGAUGCUUUUGGCGCCUCCUGAUGACAAACUGAAAGCCAUCAGGAGCAAAUACUCACACAAGGUGUUUUUUCAGGUGGCGACUCUGCCGGUUGUGGACAUCGUUCUUCUGGAGGAAAGCUUAUCUCAAUGAGACGAACGAACCCCAAAAGAAGUCAUUUUUCCUCUGAAUUUAACUUGUAUAUAUGUUGAUAUAUUAGAUAUUUAUACACAUGUAGUUCUUCAGCCUGUUGUAUUUUAUUGCAGUUGAUGGUUCAUUCUUGUUUUCAUAAAAAAGAAAAAGUUUUAAAAUGUGUGUGUUACUGUUAAUGAUUCUUACCGGAUGGCAAAGUUGUAGCAUUUCUGUUUCAAAAUGCUUAUAAAAAUAUUAAAA